GUGAGGUGCGAACGUCAGGAGCGGUGCGAGGCAGUUGGCCAGCUCUCCUAGUCUGCGGCAAAUGGUGCGUCCUGCCUUCGCUGCCCAGAUAUAACCAAAGUGCACUGUUCAUGCAGAUGUCAGAAGAUACAGAUAAUAUUGCAGUAGAAGAAAAUGUAGAUGAGCAUCUCCAGAAAGAUUUAAAUGCAGAAGAAAAUCAAAACAGAAUUAAAACGUUGAAAGGCAAAGUAAGAGAAAAGCUAAAAAAUGCUAAGAUUAAUCAAAGUGAAAAAUGUUCAACUCAUCUGCUCAUUGAUGAUAAGAUACAUCAAUGGUCUAAGACCGAAGUCUCAUUGGAUGCAAGCCUUUCAUUUUUCACUCUAAGUGGUGAAGAAGGCUCAGCGUGCAGCCAGUCUUCAGAGCAGAGACCAGUAGAUGAUAGUUAUCAUAAACAUGUUUCACUUGGUGAUAAUUUACAAAAUUUUGCUGAAGGCCCAGAUGAAGAUUGUAUGGAAGAAGUAAUUUUUCCAGAUUUACUUGAAAUAAAAGCUGCUGAAUAUGAAGAUGGUCAAGAACAAAUAAAAAAACAACAGGCAAAUAUUUUUGUGCCAAGUAGUUCUCCAGGCAGUAAAAUCCGAUCUAGAAAGCUCUAUUGGGAAGAAAAUGGAAGGUCAAAGAGAAAUGUACCAGCUAGAUCUCAACAUUGUGGGUUUGCAAUUUAGCCAUCAUCCUCUCUUCAAUCAAGAACAAGUAUUAUGUGCUAGGCUGCUCCAACUUUAUGAGUGUUUUCAAGACAGGCAACAACAGAAUUUAUCUCAACUGCUUUUGGAAAAGGUGAGAAUGGUUUUCAUUAUGUUAUUGGGCUGAAUAUUUAAUAUUGAAAGAGCAAGCAAACUUCA